AUGGCUGCACUUGAUACUGCAUCUAUUCGAUCCGGCAAUGAGCAUGAAGUUGCUCGUUACCUUCGGGAUCUCUCCCGCGAAGGGGACGUUGAAAAUGCCACACAACAACUCAUAGAUGCCGUUGAGAGGGGCUCUAUUGCACCCUCAACUUUGAAGAUAUGGCUGAGCAUAUCACAUGAGCUAGCUGUAUUGAAAAAGGCCUUCGAGCAGAGUGUUUCCGUUCGGAUUCGAAAAUUUGCUAUCGACCAACUCGAGAAACUACUUAGGUCGCGCAAAUGGAAAGAAACUUGGGAUGGCCUUGGGGCCGUCGAAGGCUUCGUGAACCUGUUUCGAAGUCUUUCUACUUCUGAUGUUCAAGACAUAUGUCGCGCAAUUGGCUCCAGCACAAAAGGGGAAGACUCCGAGAAGAGGGAGGCUAUCACAGAUCUCUCCGAAGCCCUUCGAAGCCAAACGCUGGACACACGUCCACUCGCCGAAUAUUACAAGUAUCUACUACCGGGAUGUACGAAGAGUCACGCCGCAAAGGCAGUGGAUACACAGAUGGAAGGAAUCAAUCAUCGCCAGCAAGACCUCCUCUUACGAAAUCACAACAAUGUUUUACAUGACAAUUUCCUCAAAAUGGUCCUUGACUACGAUGGGCCAGACCGCCCCUGGCUCUUUGGGUUGAUGCAGAACUAUCCAGCCACCCCUGCUGCGACCAGACCACACCUAUCUUCGUCAAUGGAAUUUUCUCUAGAGGUCCUUCGGAGUCUAGUGCAAGAUGGCAAUGUGCCUCAGAUCUCUGACGAGGCUUUUAUGUUCGAAAUUGCACAACCCCUACUUUUACGGUGCCUCAAAAGAGGUGUGGCGACGGAAACCGUCAGAGAAGUUGCCGACUUGAUAUGUAAAUACAUCAACCGUCGUCCAUCAGCAGGACGUGUUCUUGAAGUCACUAGGGACUACUACUGGGAUGAUCGCAAGAACAAAGCGAUACUUCUCGAAAAGCUUGCAGAGUCUUGGUUACGAACGCCUGAAAUUCUCGGAGACUUAUUCCGUUUACUGUUGGGGAAAUUGCAAUUUGAUCAGUGGAUCCGAGAUGUACCAAUCGAUGCUUUCAAUUCACUCCUCAAGAAGUUCGAUUUAAAAUUCAGAUAUAAGCUUCUGAAGUUCUGCAUCCGGUUCUCUACCAUCAAGAAAGAUGAAAAAGAUAUUACUUUUGACGAUGCCCUAGCCAGGACAUCUGGUCAACUGUCCUCUGGCAGCCUUGGAGAUUUCGAUCCUGAGGAUGCUUUGGAUCUACUCCUCCGUGCGCAUAAAGCUAGGGGUGAUAAAAUUUGUGGCACAGCCUAUAUUGGUAACACCAACGGCUUGUUUUCGACUGGUAAGGAAGAGCCUUCGGAGAAGUCUACAGGGCGGGAUUCCUACCUCCCCGUGGAUUUGGAUAUAUGGCAAGUUUAUUUCCUUCAACGGGCCUCGCGGCAGGAAGAAGCGGAGAAUUUGGCGAAACUACGUAUCGCAGAACGUAAAAAAGCCCAAUCAACACCAGAUGAACAAUACCGUCUUCUCCAUGCGAGGGCUGUCGUAUUUUACGGAAUUGCCAGUGGCUCUUUAUCAAUCUUAGGCGAGGCUAUUAAUUGGACUAAACGCCUAACUCGAGAUCCCAACAUCACUAUAUUCAAAGAUACGCCUUCAGAAAUCUAUAAAUUGUUAUCCGGACUACCAUCAACAAUCGGCAAUGACGCAUCGGCACUUCGUGACCAAGUCAAGGAAGCGAACCGAAUAAUGAGAAACCUAUGCGACAUAGUGUUUGCGGGUUCGAAAGAUCCAGCGUUCGAGAUCAGUAACUGGAAAGACGUUUUUGAUUUCCCCCACCGGGCUAUUUAUGAACGUGCCGUGCGUUCGGCCGAGCUGAAGGAGCACUUUUCUGACGAAGAGAUCUACAGCAUUCUGUGGGAGGAUACCCUAAAGCUCCUCAUCGAUGUAGAGCAGAAAGUUGUUGACAACUCGCAGCUCCAGAAUGCUGAUGAACACUACUAUAAAACGGGGAUUCGUGAUUUCAAGUGCGAAAAUGAUCGCUCGUCUAUGCAAAUUGAUAGCACUAAGGUGCAUACGUCAGUAUAUCGUUUCUUCGAUAGACUAGCUGAAGAACGAAACGAACUUUGGAAGAAGCAUCGCAUUUCAAAAUGCCCCGAUGUCGCAGACCUGACUGAGUUAUUCCCGCAGGGUCUCCCAAUACAAUACCUUCUUCCAUUUUCCUUGACGCCCACCAUUCCCCCAGAAGACUUGACCCCUUAUAUCGCACUCCGUACCAAAGCUGCCGUCUUUCCUCCAGCGGAGAUAUCUAAAAUACUCAUCCCCACAAAGAACAACCCACCAAUUGCAAACGGAGAUCCUCUUCAAGAUUUCAUCGACGAUUACCAAUAUGCACUGAAUUUAUAUAUUUCCGUUGAUGUCCCCGAGCAAGAAAGACAAACGCGCUUCGACUCUGCAUGGGAUUAUGCUAUUGGUCCCCUAAGUGAGGGCCGCAUGACCACUGAGCAGGCAAUUCGCUAUUGGCGCAAUAUCUUCAGCAAUACCAUAAUCAAUCCGGACCAGUCGAGAUCUCCAUAUGGAUGGACUAUAGGUGGAUAUCUCGACAGUGAUGUUAUACCAGAGCACAAGAAAAGGAUCUUUAGGGAAGACCUCAAGCGGGUUCGAGGUUCAUCAGUGGAGACAAAGCCAGAAGCCUUGAGAAUCCCUGCAAUAGAUAAUGCGGAUAGCAUUCUGGACUGGGAUGCAACCCCAGAACUAAAAGAAAGCAUCGCACCUGAGAUGAUUACCGAAGUAACUUAUAUCGACAUCGCCACGAACAAUCAUAGCAGAGGUCAUCUUGAGCGCUAUACGGAAGGUCGCGACAAAGAUUACCUUGGUUACAUUUCAGAAACAAGAUUACCAGGGCAGACUUACUGGCGCAAUGCGAUUUGGACUCGGAGUGGGGACCAAAAAGCUAAGGCUCUCUUUCAGUCACAAGAAGCCCAAAUUCUGUCUGCUCUGCUAUAUCUCCAGGCAAAAACUCAGCUUCCAGAGAAACUCUUGACCUCUCCGUUCCCAUCUGCUGAUGACAUGCGGUAUCCAGCUAGCCGGCUGAGCGCGGAAUGCCUCUCAAAGCUAAUUGCAGUAGAAGAGAGGACCACAUCGUCCCGAAGGCGUAGAGGCAGGGGAGAGACCCCUAGAACAACAAAAGGGUUGAAGGCAAAUGCCAAAGCCGCACUCAAAGCUCUCGAGGCUCACAUUAGCUUCGUGCCUCCAACGCUCAUGCUGAAACUAGUAGAGAAUGCGUUAUCAAGCCUUGACGCAGCAGACCAAGAGGAUCGAAACACUGACUUCGUGGCUCUUGAGGCUUUGACAUACAAUCUUCUAAGGCUUUUGGCGAGAAGUGAUAGGCCUAAACUAGCACUGGAGCCUGCAAAUCGAAUUAUUUUGAAACAUCCUGCUGCUUGCUUCUGGUUCAAAACCAUAUUUACUCAGGGUUUUUUCCGUGAUCUGAGUCCACAAGACGCUGGGGAAGGAAUGGCAAAAUUCUCGGAAACAGUCUCUUCCUUGUUAGACCAAAUGGAGAAAGCUAAGGAGUCUAAGAAGACAAAGUCCGCGGACGAAAAGACUUCAGGCGAAGAAAAAGACACCGGGACAAAAGAACAAGGCUCCGGUAUAGAAAACCCCGAGCCUUUGGUAGAAAAGCCACAAUCUGAAGCGCCAAAGGAAGAAUCAGGGUUUGUCAAAGUAUCAACCAUCAAGCUACUCGUAGAGCUCUUCGAGGAUGCAGAUUUCUUACCCAAAGAAUCGUCACUCUCAAAUAUCCACGCUUUGUCCAAGACAACCUCGAACGCCGAUAUCCAUAGGACAGUUAUAUACUAUUUGACUCGAGUUCUCAAAUCUCCUCGGCCUUUAGAGCCCGAGUUCUUCUCAAUCGUAUCCACUCUUGUUGAUAAAAACUCGGAGAUCGACAUCCACAGGCUGCUACUCCAAUUGGUCAUCUUCGGCCUGAAAACAUCGAAAUACGACAACAAGCACCAAUCAAUUGCGGUCUCAGUAAUAUCAAGCAUAUACAAAAAGUGUUCAGGUGUUGAGAUAACAAAGCAGGUACUCGAGUAUCUCACUCUUGCACUUGACACACCGCUUUCAUCAGACACUAAAGUCCAAGCUCUCUUCCUAUCUAUGGUGUUGGAGAUGUCGAAGGGAACCUUAGACUCAAAGCUUAGAGGUGAUUUGGUGGCCUACCUUCUCCGUUUACUCGAAAUGUCUACGUCUGAAGGCUAUAACCAGAUCUUGGACGUCCUCCAAGGCCUUGUAUCCAACUGCAGUAAUAUCAAUGAGAUCGAGCCAGUGACAGAGGAUCAGUGGAAAACUCUCGAGGAAACCCUCGUACUACCAAAAGGUGAUAUCCGGGGUGAUUUUGAAAGCAGCAGGAACCCAGUAUUCAUGAAACUCAUCGACUUUCAUCAGAAAAUUCGACAAUCCGCAAGCUUAAAUAUCACUUUCACAGAAAAAAUCCUAAUCCCUAUUAUCAACGCACUCAACUCCCAAUAUUCCAGAUACUUUUCGAUUUUCUUCGAACAAAAGGGUAUCAGUAGAACAGACCAGCAAGCCUUUAAGCUUCCACCGUCGAGAAGGAUCACCAAACUUAUUAACACUGUUAUCCAAAAUGGUCUUGGGGAGGGAAUCAUUCCGUUAAUCCGCCAAUGCGUCUCACACGCAAUAUUCUGUAUUGAUCCACCAGAAAUCCUUGAUGGUUUAAAUAAAAGACUUGACGAGGAGGAUGAUAAUAACACCAAUUCCAAAAACACUGAAGAGUCGAGGAAUUGGCGAAAAUCGUAUUACUUUGGUCCUGCAGCACUAGACGAACUGGACCUGAUACAAGUUAUCCGGGAAAGAACGGAUUUACCAGACGAAGAAAAAGUCAGCACUGUUGUUAGAGAAGAAUAUCUCAAGCUCUACAAGGUCACAUUCUGGAAAGAAGCAAAGGAAUUAGAUUUCGGCAGUUCAGACAGUCUCCUUAAAAACCUCGAACCCAAAAGACUUGACAAGGUCUGGCUAAAAUAUCUUCAGCCGAUACUACAAGAUAUUUUAAAUUUCAACAACUCUCUACGCACCGCAGAAUGGGAGCAGAAUUCAGAUCGGAACCCUCAGAUCCUUCCCGACGUCUUCCGCGCCCAAUUAUGGCUUUUGAACAUACCCUCCGUACAUCGAAACGAUCAAGAUCAAGAAACAAGAAGUCAAAUUUUCACAGAAGAAAUUCUCAAAGCUCUCGAUGACAUUCGAAUUUCCCAUGACUUCGUUUCCAAGGUCUCCGACUUGGAAGGGAUAUUAUACUUAGUCAAGAACAACACCGAGGAUAAUCUUAUUGUUGCCACUAAUCUCGGAGACCUUGCGAACAUUGAGACUUCACCUUUGACUAUCCAAGGUUACACCAGAAUCGAACUCGCAUCCAAAAUGCUGAACAAUCUACGCUAUGUCAAAAGCGAGAAUUUGAAGAAGAAUAUCGACAAAAUGUUUGAAUCCUGGAAAUCCAGUCAAGUUGAGGCCGUCAGAAGACUUGGCUAUUCCGCUUCAUCACCGGAACUUAAAGUUCCCGAAGAAAAAAAACCGCCCAAGGUCGUAGAAAAGAAGCGAGAACCACGAAAUGUCCAGAAAAGGUCAGGCCGGACGAAGAAGCAACAGAGAGGGAAGAAAUCACGUUGGGGUCCUCCUGACUUUACACUUGAUAAGCCUACGAAUCCUACAAAUCCUACGAACGAUUCACACUGGUAA